GAGGAGACUUCGACUCCGCACCGGAGCUUCUGAAGGAUAUAUUUAGAUUUAAAAAACAAACAAAGGAAGAAUAGACGAGAUACAGCCCUAUGUAGCAGCAGUGGCAGUGCUGAGAGAGAGAGACAGGGAGUCCCAGGUGGGGUUCUGAAUCCCCAGAGCAGAGUGAUGGAGCCAUCCCAGCCACAUAGCCUCACAGUUGGGCUAUGGUCGUCAGGAGCUCAUGUGAUGGUGACACGUAAGAUGUAAAACAUGCAUUCAUCACAAAGAGGCCUGUCAAAUAGGAGGACCUGUUAAGGCAAAGACAUAUCUGUAUGAAAAAAUAAACAAGGACAAAACACGCCACCAACCAAGGAGACUGAAUAUUUCCACUGAAAAAUGCAGAAGUGACAUCCAUUGCGGAAGGAAUCUACAACUGUUAAAAGAGACAGUAUUCAAGAGACAUUGGAACCAGCCUACCAUCCUCUUUCGAACACAGGAAGGGUCAUGACCCAGUUGCCAUGCGCAUCACCACGGUGACCAGCCUUCCUAGUCCCUCCCCCCUCCUCCUCUUAUUGGUUCAGCUGCUGUUGUGGCUCAUCCUCCCAGGUCAAGAGGCAGUCGGAGCCGCCUCCACCUGUCCCGUGCCGUGCAGUUGUUCUAAUCAAGCUAGUCGAGUGAUCUGUACAAGACGAAACUUAGAAGAGGUGCCCGACAGUAUAUCAAACAACACACGAUACCUCAACUUACAGGAGAACUCAAUACAGGUGAUAAAAUCAGACACAUUCAAACAUUUGCGGCAUCUGGAGAUCCUCCAGCUCUCCAAGAACCAGAUUCGUCAGAUAGAGGUGGGUGCUUUCAAUGGCCUCCCAAACCUCAAUACUCUGGAACUGUUCGACAACCGCCUCACGCUGGUGCCAUCGCAAGCUUUUGAGUACCUCAGCAAGCUGCGGGAACUGUGGUUACGAAACAAUCCCAUUGAGACUUUACCAGGCUACGCCUUUCACCGCGUCCCCUCGCUGCGGCGUCUUGACCUAGGCGAACUCAAGAAACUGGAUUAUAUAUCUGAUGCAGCCUUUGUCGGACUCAUCAACCUGCGCUACCUAAACUUGGGUAUGUGUGGCCUAAAGGACAUCCCUAACUUGACUCCCCUGGUGCGUCUGGAGGAACUAGAGUUGUCUGGGAACCGUCUGGAAAUCAUCAGACCCGGAUCCUUCCAAGGCCUGGAAUCUUUGCGCAAACUAUGGCUCAUGCACUCUCAGAUGUCGGUCAUCGAGCGCAAUGCUUUCGAUGAUCUCAAGAACCUAGAGGAGCUUAACCUAUCCCACAAUUCCCUGCACUCUUUGCCCCAUGACCUUUUCACACCUCUGCAGAAGCUGGAACGAGUGCACCUCAAUCACAACCCAUGGGUGUGCAACUGCGAUGUGCUUUGGCUAAGCUGGUGGCUGAAAGAAACUGUGCCGAGCAACACAACUUGCUGUGCGCGGUGCCACGCACCACCCUACCUUAAGGGAAAGUACAUAGGAGAGCUAGACCAGAGCCAUUUCACCUGCUAUGCCCCUGUCAUUGUGGAGCCGCCCACUGACCUCAAUGUGACCGAGGGCAUGGCUGCUGAGCUCAAGUGUCGCACCAGUACCUCCAUGACCUCUGUGAACUGGGUCACACCGAAUGGCACCCUAAUGACCCAUGGCUCCUAUAGGGUCAGUAUUUCCGUUCUGCAUGAUGGCACACUGAAUUUCACCAAUGUAACUCUGCGUGACACUGGCCAAUACACCUGCAUUGUGACCAACUCAGCUGGGAACACAACGGCAACUGCUGUCCUGAAUGUGACAGCAGCAGACGUCAGUGUCAACUACACCUACUUCACCACAGUCACUGUAGAAACUGUGGAGUCUACGGGAGAUGAAGAUUCUGCAUUGCGUGUCUUCAACGAGACCUUCAUCCAUAUUCCCGGGCCUACACCUUCUGGGCACCUCUGGCAUGAAGUCCCAACUACUGCCUCUUCUCUCUCAAUCCUUGGCUCAUCGUCUUCUCCUCGAGCAACCAAACCCACUUUCACUGUCCCCAUUUCUGAGCCCAGCUAUCCCUCUGGACUAGAUGAUGUGAUGAAGACCACCAAGAUCAUCAUUGGUUGCUUCGUGGCCAUUACCUUCAUGGCUGCCGUCAUGCUGGUGGUGUUCUACAAGCUGAGGAAGCAGCAUCAGUUGCACAAACACCUUGGGCCGGCACGAGCCAUUGAGAUCAUUAAUGUCGAAGAUGAGAUUGGACCGGGAACGGGCAUCCGUGGCAGCGGCAUCUCAGGAGGAUCCACAGUACCGCAAGGAGGGUCCGGCGGAGGCGGACAGAGUUUGCGUCUGCACCACCCUGAAAUCGUCAACCUCCCGAACCUUGCACGAGCUGAGCAUCUCAACCAUUACUACAAGGCCCAUCACUUCAACAAUAACAUGAUGGGUCUGGGCCUUGGCGGAGGCUCAGGUGGAGGCCUAAACAAUAACAACAACCCUUCGCCCUGCUCCCAGGCCCAGACUACCCCAAUCUCUUACACGCAGGUGCCAGUCUCUGCAAGUAGUACAUCAUGCUCCAUGCCUUCUUCAAUGCCUCUGCCGACCCUUGGCAUCCACGGGUCACUGAAAGGCCUGAUGGGUAAAGGGCAGAACCCACAGAUUGAGCCGUUGCUUUUCAAGAGCGGCUCCAAGGAGAAUGUCCAAGAAACCCAGAUCUGAAUUUGAGAAAGAGAGUAAGGGAGAGAGGGAGAAAGGUAAAUGUACAGAUAAAAGAUGGAGAAACAGUAUCAGGGAGACAGAAACAGAUGAAGGGUAUUGGCUGUUCAGCCCCUAUGGGU